GUAAACACAGAUAAGAACAAACCAGACCAUGAAGCCAUGAGAACAAGCCUCGAUCCUGUAUAUCAAUCCAUGAGUCCAGCACUGUGUUUCCUACGCAUUGGUCGGUUCGACGUUGCGCCCGUUGCUGUCCACGAGAUGUCGAAUGCAGGCAGCUCUCAUGGAAGGCCUUAUGGACCACCUACAGAUGACCGAAUUCAGCAUGAGCACGCUAAAGUUCAGGAGGUUGUUGGGAUAAUGAGGGACAACGUAAACCGUGUGUUGGAACGAGAAUCCAAGCUGGCAGAAAUAGAUUCCCGUGCCGAUGAACUCCAGGUUCAAUCACGACAGUUUGAGGCAGUGUCCAACCGAAUAAGAAGGAAAUACUUUUGGCAGAACAUGAAGAUGUGGGCGAUCCUGGCCAUGGUUGUUGUGGCUCUCAUUGUUGUGAUUGUCGCUGAUGCUGAAGCCUGGAAACCCCUAUGGCCUCGGGAGUUUUAUGACUGCGUACGGCUCCUCAAACGCCACCGGGUUCCCGGUAAAGAGGACAUCCAACCAGCCUUGUUCGGAUGUGAGGGCGAAGUCCUCAUCCAGCGCUUGUCUGAUCUGUUUGCCUGCAUUUGGGUCGAGAAAACUGUCCCAGACUUAUGGCGAGAGUUGGUGAUAGUGCCUGCUUUCAAAACGGAUCUCGUAGUGAUUCCGCGAAUUACACUCAUUUGCAAACUAAUUUGGUUUUUCGAGAGACUCACCUGGAACCCAGCUAAAUCUCCCGUUUGUGAUGUUUCUAGGCCACUGAAUGUGCUGCACCAGGCCGCCUCAGUUGCCUGGAAACAUCACAAACAGGAGAUUCAGUUAGGUUUC